AUGGCUGGCGACCCACGAGCGCUGCUCCGUCAGGCGGAGACCUCGCUGCAGAAGGCAUCCGGUGGAUUCAGCUUCUUUGGUGGGCGGCAAGACAAGUACGAGGCAGCAGCUGAACAGUUUGUCGCCGCAGCAAAUGCAUUCCGCAUGCAAAAGAUGGGCAAGGAGGCCGGCGAAGCAUUCGAGAAGGCAGCCUCAGUCCAGCGCCAACAGCUGAACGAGCCAGACGACGAAGCCAAUUCACUCACAGAAGCCUUCAAGGCCUACCGUAAGGACGACCCGGAGGCCGCAGCAAGGUGUUUAGACAAGGCCAUCACACACUACUGCAGCAAAGGCAACUUCCGCCGCGCAGCCACUCACAAACAGAACCUUGCCGAACUCUACGAAGUCGAGCUCGGUGACAAUGCCCGUGCAGGCGCAGCCUACGAAGAGGCAGCUGGUUGGUAUGAGAGUGACAAUGCCGAGGCACUUGCAAACAAACUCUGGCUUAAGACAGCCGAUCUCGUUGCGCUGGAAGGCAAAGAUUACUACAAAGCCAUCUCGCUCUACGAAAAGGUUGCCAAGACCUCCAUCCAGAACAACCUCAUGCGCUGGUCUGUCAAGGAGUACCUCCUCAAGGCAGGAAUCUGCCAGCUAUGCACUGGCGACCAAGUCGGUGUUAAUGCCGCGCUCGACAGGUAUAGGGAGCUGGAUCCGAGUUUCAGCCAGCAGAGGGAGCAUCAGUUGCUGUGUGACCUUACAGCGGCGGUUCAGGAGGGCGAUCAGGAGAUGUUUGCUGAUAAGCUGUUCCAGUACGAUCAGAUGAGCAAGUUAGACAAGUGGAAGACGACGCUACUGUUGAGGAUCAAGGCUACCAUUGAGGAGACGGGUGAGGACUUCUCCUAG